AUGAAAGAAAUGUCUCUCACAUUUAAAAUAAUCCUUCUAGGAGAUUCAAAUGUUGGAAAAACUAGCAUAUUAAAAAGAUAUUCAGAAAAUACAUUUUCAGAAUAAUAAACAUCAACAAUUGGUUUAGCUUUAUAUAAGAAGGUUGUUGAAAGAAAAAAAUAUUAAAAUAACGCUUGAGACUUGGGAUAUUAUCGAAAUGCUUAAGCAGUCUUAAUAUGUUUUGAUUUAUCAAAAAGAGAUACUUAUGAAGGAGCUAAAAAAUGGUUAGAAGAAAUAGAUAAAUAUUUGAAUUCUGAUUGUGUUAAAUUUUUAGUUGGAAAUAAAUAAGAUUAGGGUGAAUUUGAUGUUGAUUAAACAUUUUUAGAGAAAAAUC